UUGACUGCUGACUGGGACAGUCUCCUGCAGACAGUACUCCUACGGUAGAUAGCAAAAUGUGGGAUAAGUUCUCUUGUUAUCUGACCUUUGGCCUGCUGCUGGUCAUAGCCUGCACUGCAGCUCCAGCUAGCAACGAUCAUGGCAUCCACUCUGCAGAUCAUCACAAACACCUUCAUCACGCCAAAGGGGAGCCCCAUCCCAGCCAUGAGGGUGCCCACCAAGACUGCCAUCUGCUUUCCCCACACAAUGCUGACUUUGCUUUCAGUCUGUACAGGAAGCUAAAUGCCCUGCCCGACUCUAAAGGCAAGAACAUCUUUUUCAGUCCAGUGAGCAUCUCUAUGGCACUAUCCCUGCUAGCCCUGGGCGCCAAGGAGCACACUCACUCAGAGAUCUACCGUGUACUGGAAUACAGUAACCUCCAGCCCGCACAGGUUAAUGAGGGAUACGAGCACCUGCUCCACAUGCUCAACCACAGUCGAGAUGCCUUUCAGCUGGAGAUGGGCACUUCUCUAGCCAUCAGACAGGGCUUCAAGCCACUUGACAAGUUCCUGCAGGAUGCCCAACACUACUAUCAGAGUGAGGCUUUCACUGCUGAUUUCAGCAAACCUGAUGUGGCUGCACAAGAGAUCAAUAAGUACAUUGCCAAGAAGACACAUGACAUGAUCACUGACUUGGUUAAGGAUGUGGAUAAAGACGCUGUCAUGAUGCUGAUAAGUUAUUUGUUUUUCAGAGGUAAAUGGGAGGAACCUUUUGAAGAAAGACACACUCGUAAAAGCGAUUUCCAUGUGGAUAAAAAUACCAAAGUGACAGUGGACAUGAUGUGGAGUAAUGAUUUCCAUGAGUAUUAUGUAGAUCAAUCCAACCACACCACUGUUCUGAUGUUGCCAUACAAGGGCAAUGCUUCCAUGAUGAUCCUUCUUCCUGAUGAGGGCAAGAUGCAGGAGGUGGAGGGGCUCCUCUCUAAAGAUCAGAUCAAACACUGGCAUGACAGUCUUUUGAGAGAGAAAUUCCCAGUGACAGUGCCCAAGUUCUCCAUAUCAGCAACUUACUCCCUGGCUGACACUCUGAAGGAGAUGGGAAUGGUCAGUGCAUUCUCAGAAACAGCAGACCUCUCCGGCCUAUCAGAGAUACAGAAGCUGAAGGUUUCAAAGGUGGAACAUAAGGCAGCUCUCAAAGUGGAUGAGAGAGGCUCUGACGCAGCUGCUGCCACCACUGUAGAGAUUUUACUUGGGUCAUCUCUACCAAGACUGACAAUUGAUCUGAACAGACCAUUCCUCCUGCUGAUUGUUGAAGACAGCACCAAAACUAUCCUCUUCAUGGGCAAGAUAACAGACCCUACUGCUGCAUAAGGGCCCCUGAACCUUAUAGUCACAUAUCUGAUUUCACAUUUGUUGACAAAAAUUCAUCCAGAGCUGCGUGUAUCUAUACAUACGUAAGAUGAUACCAAGGCUGAAUGAAAAGAAAUUCUGCUCCACAGCUCUGACAUUUUAGACUGUAAAUCAUCAGAUCAUUCUUCUUUCAAGUGUGCAUAUGUUUAUAUUUGUGUCUAUGUAUGUUUAUCUGAUUAUUUCCACCAAAGGUAAUUUCCUCAUCUGAUUUUGGGUCUGUUUAAAAAUAAACAUUGCAAAGUUAAGUUCUCUCCCUA